AUGUUAGAAUCCAUUAGCGAUUUUGAAUUUUUUCUGAUUGGGCCAUAAUUUCUUACAUAGUACAAAUAUCAAACUGACAUCAGUGGCUUAGAAAUAUAGAAUAAUUUGAUAAGUGUCUUAGAGUUAUAAUAAGAUGAAAACAUAGUAGAAGUUUGUUAUAAUUCUGAAAAGAAAUACGCAAUUGUGGCAACUAGCAAAAACAAUCUCAUUAUGAUUAAAGGAGAUAAGAAAGUAGGAAAAUUCGAACUAAUCAAAUCAUCUAUUCUGUAAUCAUCAUCAUCGAAUAAUUUAUACAAUAUACUUUCUAAGAGUUAAUCUAUGUUCCUAUUAAAAUUAAAAAAAUAAAGGGAUGAGAAAAAAUAAAUAAAUAAGGAUAAAAAUAAGGCUACUGAAUAAGAAAAAUUAGUGAGUGUUCGAAUCUCUACUAUAGCAAAGACCAAUAAAGGAUUCAUAAUUGGUUUAAUAGGAAAACCUGCGUUCUAGGUUUAUGAAGUUGAAUAGGAUAAUUCAGAACAAGAACAAUAUAUCUUAAAUUUAGUCGGUACUUACUUUAUAAAGGAUGAACAUAUUUAUGGAAUUCAUUAAAUUCACUUGGCUACAUAUGAGAUUUAUGGGGCAUUAACAGUGAUUUACUUUAAUCGUUCUGCAUAUCAAGUAGCCUUAGGAUCAUAAUAAGUGUUAAAUAAUAUUGUUUCAUGUGAAAUUGUUUACAUUAAUUUAGCCAAAGUUGAGGCUUUGAAAUCAGUUCAAAAAGAACCAUUUGAACCAUUAUUCGAGAAGGGUGUUCAUAAAGGUACAAUUUUCAAUAUUGCCACAACUCCUAUGAGAUCUAUAUUAGCAUCAGUGUGUGAUGAUAAGAAUAUAAAAUUUUGGGAUUAUUCAAAUGAUUUUAAAGAAAUGUUCUCUCAUUAAUUUCAUGAAACACCAUUAUCGGUGGCUAUACAUCCAUUAAGCUAUUAAUAUGAAAUCGUAUUUAAGGAUGGUCUUCGAUUCUAUUUUAUACUAGAUGAUGAUCUUAAAUUAGUCCACAAUGAAACUACAAAAGUUUGUAAUGCUCUCACAUAUAGCAAAGGAGGACAUAUCUUGGCUGCAGCUAAUGGUAAUCAAAUUCAAUUAUAUAAUCCUCUAACAUAUAAAAUGAUAAAUGUAUUACUUAAUCAUCAAACAAAUCUUAAGGAUUUACUAUUUAUAGAUAGAGAUAAUCUCUUAAUUUCCUAAUGUCAAUUUGGAAUUUUAUAUGUUUGGAAUUUGCUUUCAGGAGAAAGAAUCUUAGAACAUGCUCAAAAGUAGAACAAAUAUCAAAGCUUAUGUUAUGACUUUGAAUAUGAUCUUGUUGUUGGAGUUUCAGAUUAGAAAUUAAAAGUUUAUCAUGAAAAGGGACAGAACAUUGUCCUAGAAGUGGAUACAUUUCCUACUUAAUUUAGUGCCAUAUGCAUUAGUCAUAGGAUCUAUUAGAGUAUACUCCUAUCCAUUUUACCACUUCAACCCUAAAUGAUGGAACCAAUUGAAAUUUCUGUUCAUUAAUUUGCAGUGACAGCCAUUAAAGUGUCUCCGGAUAAUAGUUAUUUAAUAAGUUCAUCAAUAGAUGGUAGUAUUUUCUUUAGUAAAAUAAAGUAGUUCAUAAAUGGAGAAGAAAUUACAUAAUUGGAUCUGAUAACUAGAGGUGAUACUUUUGCGCUUAAUAGUUUAUGUUUAUGCUCAACUACUGCUUAGGAAGUAAGGUAAGAGCAGCUGAAAGAAUUAGAAUAUAGAUUGUAAAAUUUUAAGAGUGACAUUGAUGACGCUAAGGAAGUAUAAUUGAAUAAUAAUGACUACAAACUUCAGAAAAUACGCGAUGAGCAUACUAAGGAAAUUCAAAAAGUUUAGGAUUAAUUAUCUCAAACAAUUUAAUAAUCAGAUGCCAAAAACAACAAGAUUAAAGAAGAUAAAAAGAAUUUAAUAUCAACUUCUAAGAAAACCAUAGAUGAAAUGAAUGAAUAAAAUUCAAAGAAACUAUUGUAGAUCUAUGAUAUAAGGGACAAAUUGAAUGAAAAAUUACAAAAUUUCAUCAAACAGUAAGAUGAGGAACGACGAUCAGUGAAUUAAGAAUAUUAGUAAUCAAUUUCCUAAGUUGAUGACGAAUACUGCUAAAAAUAUUAAGAUUUAUUCAACAGGUUCAGUUAAGCUAUGUCCAAUAAGAAAUUAGAUUAAAGAAAAUUUAAAGAAGUUUUGCAGUAAAGCGAGAAAGAUUAUGAAACUUUUUACAAAGAAUCAUAGCAGUCCUUAAGGCAAAAUUAGAAGAAUUUAACACUCAAACAGAAAUAUUGA